AUGUACAAGCGAGACCGCGGGGGCUUCGGUCCCCCCAAGGAUCGCGACGAUCGAUACCGCAGGGACGACGGUCGCGACGGGCCCGACGGGGGCGGAGCCCCGGGGGGGUGGGACCGCGGCCGAGGAGGCGCGCCGGGAGACAGGGACAGGGGCGACCGCGGCUGGGGAGACCGCGGCGGGCACGGCGGCCCGGCACCGCACCGCCCCUCCAUGAUGUCCGGCUCGCACCCGAACGCGAGACCGUCGCUGCUGACCUCCCCGACGGGCAACCAGCGCCCGCGCAUGCACAUGCCCAUGGGCCGCGCCAACGAUCAGUUCUACCAAUCGUCCAAUCACUUCAACGACGAUUUCGACGAGGAGGGCGAGAUUGCGGCGGCGCCGCCGCAGCCGGCGGGUCCGCCUCCGAUGACGCACCCGCGGAUGCAGGGGAAGACGUGCCACAGGUGCGGCGGCGUCGGCCACUUCGCGCGCGACUGCCCCUCGUCCAGGGAUAACAGGACGUGCAGGGUCUGCGGCGAGGUUGGACACAUUGCGCGAGAUUGCCCGAUGAACCGACAGGGAGGACCGCCGCCCGUACAGAAGCCGAGCGACAGGGACUGGGACACCCCCAGGGAAUCCAACAGGGACGCCGCCAGGAACCGCGAGCGCGGGUAUAACGAGCCCGACCGCGCGCCGCCGGUGCCCAUUCGCAAGAGCUUCAGCCACGAGCGAUGGGGCGGCGGCGGCGCGACGCGCGAAGACGGAGAGCUGACUGCUCCUUCAUACGCAAAAAAUGCACAAGAGGGCCCCCACGUUUCGCGCGCGGCGGCCCCCGUGGACGUCGACCGUCCCCCUCUUUCCGUCCCUCCUCGCGGCGGGGGCGUCGAGACGGACGGCGGCGGCGGUUACGCCGAUCGCGGGGAGGUGGCUGUGACGCAUCGCGGCGAAUCGGUGAAUCUCGGUGGUUUGACCCGAUUCUCAUCCGCGCCCCCCGGUCCCACCUCGCUCGACGACUUUGGGGCUGCGGGCGCGGCGGCGUCCACGCCGACGACGCACGCCGCCAAGAAGGGCGGGUGGGGCGGCGGGCUCGGCGCCAAGGCUUCCGCGAGCAAGGGGGCUUGGGGGAAAGGUUUGGCGAGGUCCAAGUCGGCGCUGCCCGGCGUCGGCGGCGGCGGCGACGACUCGAACCAGCCGCCGACGCCCGCGGACGGCGCGAAGGGUGUCUCCUCUUUCGCGGUACCGGCGCCCUCGCCCUCCUUCGCGUUCCCCGACGACGCUUCCAACCCGCCCUUGCCCGGCGGCCCGCCCCCGCCCGGCCAGGAGAUUCGUCAAGAUUUGCGCACCCCGCCGCCGGACUGGGAGGAUCCAACGGCGAAAGCCGCGAGGCUCGCCGCGUUCAGGGCGGACGCCGCCGCGAAGAAGGAGCUGGUGGAUGACCUCGCGAAGAAAAAGGGCGACAUCAUGACCGCGAUGGAGGAGACGGACGCGGAGAUUGAGAAGCUGGAGCUGGAGAUUGCCGAGCUGGACGAGCGUGACGUGAACGAUAAGGAGCAGGCGGAGGAGCAGGCUCGGCACCAGGAGGCGCGACUGGACCGGGAGCUGGAUAACCUCAAGCGGUCGGUGGAGCGCGCGGAGAGAAACGCGGAGAAGGCGGCGGUGGAGGCGGAGGAGGCUAAGACCAAGGCGGAGAAGCUGCGCAAGAAGGCGGGUCUGAACAAAGCCGGCGAGAUUGACCCGGCGGCUGCCGCGGAGGCUGCGGCUCGAUCGAGGCGAUGCGCCGAGAUGAUCCAGGAGAUGGUCACCGGCGACGAGCCCCGCGCCGACGUCGUCGCGAGGAUCGUGCGCGCCAACGAACAAGUCGCGAACAAGUCCCACGACGGCCUCAAGCACACGUGCGGGUUGCCGCUGGCGAACGAGCUGCCCCGCGUCUCCGUCGAGGAGAUCGCGGCGAGAAACUUCGCGACGGAGAACGACCCGUCCCGCGCGGGGGUGCGCGACGCCGUCAAGGACGUCUUACGACGCCGACGCGCCGCGGUGGCGGACAAGCAGCUCACGCUGGCGGUGACGUAUCUCAAACGCCGCGAGAAGUGGCGCGUGCGCAUGGUGGCGGCGGACAGAACGAGGCUGGAGAAGAUGUACGGGGUCAAGCCGGGGGGUAAGCUGCCGACGCCCGGGUCGCGCGGCUCAGGCCGGCUCAACUCGUCCAUGGCGGGCGUCGCCAAGUCGGAUUACGAGGAGAUGCAGAUUUUGCAGCAGCUGCAGCGCGUGGAGGCGCUCAAAUCCAUCAUCAAGCUCCCGCCGCAGGUUUUGGACCCGGAGGAGCGGCGGUUGGCGGCGUUCAAAUCUCGCAACGCCCUCGUCGAGGAUCCCGUCGCCGAGGUGGACGCGCUCAAGCUCGUCAGGCCGUGGACCGCCGAGGAGAAGAAGACGUUUCACGAAAAGUUUGCCUCGUUUGGCAAAAAUUUCAAACGCAUCGCCGCCUUCAUCGACGGCCGCACCACCGCGGAUUGCGUGGUGUACUACUACCAGCGGCAGAAGACGGACGACGGGUUCAAGGGCAGACGAAGGGCGCUCGCGAAGAAGAAGCGCGCGUACGCCGAGGCGAAGCGAAUGACGGGGGGCGCGUGGAGCAACAACGCGGCGGGUCAGGCGGCGCAGGCGGCGCAGCAACGCGCGCAGCGCGAGGCGCAGCAGCGCGCCAUCGAGGAGCAGCAGGAGGCGGAGCGCAAGGCUCGCGCCGAGAAGCGCAAGCAGGCCAGGGCGGGGACCGGUAAGACGCCCAAGAGCGCGAAGAAGGCGGCCAAGCCGGAGGCUGAGGCGGAGGGAGGCGAUGAGGGCGACGAGGAGUCCAACAAACCCGUGUCCAGAUCCGCGUCCGAGGCUGACCUCAGCACCAAAGGUCAGGCGUGGACCGCGAACGAGAAGAAGUCGUUCCUCGCGGCGCUCGCCGAGCACGGCAAGGAUUUCAAGGCGAUCGCCGCGGCGGUGGGGAGCAAGUCUCAGACGGCGGCGAAGGCGUUUUUCGGAAAGCACAAAAAGUCGCUAAGCCUCGAGAAGAUCGUGGACGAUCACGCCAAGGCCAAGGCCAAGGAGGAGAAGAAGUCGGCGGCGGCGAAGAAGAAGGCGCCCGCCAAGGACGAACCCGCGGAGAAACCCGAGACGCCCGCGCCGGGUGGAGCGCAGGAUCACGCGGCUCACGCGGCGGCGGGAGCACAGCUGGCGGCGGCUCACGCGGCGGCGGCGGCGGCGGCGAUGGCGGCGUACCAACAGGCUGUCGCAGCCGGCGCCGCGGCGACCGACCCGAUGCUUCAGGCGAUGCUCGCGGGGCAGAUGCCCACGUCCGGGGUGGCGCCGGACCCCGCGGCGAUGAUGGCGAUGUUCCAACAGGCGAUGGCGGCGGCGGCGGGUGGCGCGGGCGCUGGCGCUCCCGCGGUGAAGGCUGAAGAAACAGCCGCCGCCGCCGCGGCUCCUUCGUUUUUCCCCUCGGCCGAGACCGGCGCCAAGCGCGCCCGAGACGACGACGACGACGGGGAUAAGGAGAAGGCGAGCAAGGCUGCGAAGAAGGAGGACGGGGCGAGCGCGCAGGCGUCGGCGGGUCCGCCGCUGAGCACGGCGGCGGCGGCGGCGGCGGCGCAGGCUGCCAAGGAGGGCGAGCUUCCGACCGCAUCGCUCAAGUGGGGCGAGGGCGGGGGCGAGGAUUGA